GCGCCGGGCGCAGGGGAGCGGGGGCGGGCGGCAGGCCCGCGUCGGGGGGCGGCCCCGGGAGGGCUCUCGGCGGGGACGCGGCUCGCGGAGCCCGGCGCGGCGCGCAGCCAUGUCGUCCUGGCUCGGCAGCCUGGGCUCGGGCCUGGGCCACUCGCUCGGGCAGGUGGGGGGCAGCCUGGCGUCCCUCACCGACCAGCUGUCCAACUUCACCAAGGACAUGAUCAUGGAGGACGCGCCGGAGCCGCCAGAAUUAUCUGGUUCUCAGCAAAAGGACAUCGAAGCCAUCUUAAGAUCAGAGAAUGAGAGACUUAAGAACCUCUGUAGCGAUUUAGAAGAGAAGCAUGAAGCCUCCGAGCUCCAAAUAAAGCACCAGUCUACAAGUUACCGAAAUCAGUUACAGCAAAAAGAGGUGGAAAUCAGCCAUCUGAAGGCAAGGCAGCUCGCGCUGCAGGACCAGCUGCAGAAGCUGCAGUCCACGGCUCAGUUGGCCGCCUCAGGGGCCGGUGGCAGACCUGCAGCCGCGGCGUCACCUUCCUUCAGUUUGGGCCUCAGCCCUCAGUCUGCAGCCUUGCACGACAGUGACAUGGACUUCAGUGACAUCAUCUCUUCACAACAGGAAAUAAAUAGGUUAUCGGCUGAGGUGUCCAGGCUGGAAUCUGAAGUUGACCACUGGAAACACAUUGCUCAGACUCCUAAAACACAAGGAUCAAAUAGCGUGGAUCUAAAUGAAAUCUGCAAAUUGCAAAAUAUAAUUAAGGAACUCAAGCAAAACCGGAGUCAGGAGAUUGAUAAUCACCAGCACGAAAUGUCCGUAUUGCAGAGUACAUAUGAACAAAAAUUAACAGAAAUAAGUCGUAGACAUCGAGAGGAACUGAGAGACUAUGAAGGAAAGAUUGAAGAACUAGAAAAUCUUGUACAGCAAGGUGACUCGGGGAGUGGCAGUGAUUGGCCUAAAAUCCAAGAACUGACAAAGACCAUUCAGAGUCUGCAGACUGAGAAAGUUGGGUCUGCCCAAAAAAUGGAAGAACUUGAAGAAACAAUAAAAAACAUAAGGAAAAAAUUGUCCUUUGCGGAGAAUGACCGAGAUAUGUUAAGGAAAGAACAAGAACGUCUAACUGUGGAAAACAGACAAAUAAUGAAUGAAUGUGAAAGCUUAAAACUGGAGUGUAACAAAUUGCAGGCUUCUGGCCCAGGGCAGAGUGCAGAUGCAGAAACCGAAAUUAGCAGGUUGAAUAAUAUAAACCAGGCUAAUCUUGCUGACGACAAUCUAAAACUGAGAAUGCAUGUUCAAGCUUUAGAAAAAGAAAAUGCAUUGAUGAUUCAAGAAAAGGAACAACUUCAGGAAACAUUGAUAAAAUUAAAUGAAGACUAUGACAUACUUAAAAACACAAAAGAUCAGAAUUUAAGCUCAGAAUUACAAGAUUUAAGACUUAACUUGGAGGAAAAGCAACAAGCACUCAAUGAGAGCAUCAGUGAGAAGAAUAUAUUGAUGUCUGAGCUGGAAGAACUGGACAGACAAAACCAGGAAGUCACAAAGCAUGUGAUCUUAAUAAAAGAUCAGAUGACAAAACAGCAGAAUGAGGCCGAGGCUGUCACUGAUAAACUGAAAAGCGAUUUGGAUUUUGAAAAACAGAGAGUUCAACAACUUGAAGAGGAUAAAAUAAACAUUUCUAAAGAGUUAGAAACACAUAAGAUGGCCCUAAAUGAUUUGCAGAAACACAAUAAAGCAGAAAAUUUAAUCGAACAGCUAAAAGAAUCACAGCAAAAUAAUUUGGACAUCCAGAAGAAGAACUUGGAACUUACAGAACAAAUUAAACUAAAGGAGGAAGAACUUACUUCCAUCAAGAGUGAGUUAACUCAGUUUCUUCAUCAAGACUCCGGCAGCAAUUUUGAGGAAUUGCUUAAGGAAAGGGAGGCCGAAGCAAGAGUUUUGAAGCAAAAGCUUUCAGAAAUUGAGCAGCUCAAUGAAAAUUUAAAUAAGCUUGCUUUUGAUCUCAAAGGGGAAAAUGAAAAGUUAGUUAUAGCAUGUGAAGAUCUAAAGCAUAAGCUAUCAGAGUCUGUUGAGGGGAGCAAACAGAUAGCGCUCGACAAAACCACUGCAGUGGAGACUCUACAGACUGAAAAAGAAGAGUUAGAAGCAGAAUUACAUCAAGUCCAAAAGAAGCUAGCAGAAGACAGGAGCAAGUACGAGCAAACAAUUGAAGAGCUGUCAAAUGCACAGACUCUGAGCACCUCUCAGAUACAGCUGGACCAGGAAACGUUAAACCAGGUCAGUCAAGAGAAAGACUUUGAGAUAGCACAACUCAGAAAAACUGUCGAGCAGCUUGAGGCCGCUCAUCAGGAAACCAAGCAAAGGUUGUCUUCCAGCAUGGAAGAGCAGGAUCAGUGGGCACGGCGCACCAGCGAGAAGGAAGUCUGUAUCGGAGAGCUGAGCGAAAGCAUUGCAGAACUGCAGGAGCAGUUAAGGAAAAGCGAACUUUUAAAGCAGACGAUUGAGGAAAAAGAAAGAAGCCUGGGGUCCAUGAAAGAAGAGAACAACCACCUGCACGAGGAACUGGAACGACUUCGGGAGCAGCAGAGCCGAGCCGGUCCCGCGGCUGAGCCCAAACCCCUCGACAGCCUCAUAGACCUGGAGUCGGAGGUGACGAACCUGAACGUGGUGAAAAGUCAACUGGAAGAGGAACUAAAGCAUCACCAAAAGUUAAUCAGAGACCAAAACCAGAGUAGGACUCAGCUCCUUCAGUCCUUAGAGGAGCAUAAAAAAGAAUCGGACAAAUUAAAGUUCCAGCUUGAGCAGAUGAAUAGCGCACAUACGCAGCUCUCCCUGGAGAAAGAUGAGCAGAUUAAGAAUUUGCAAAGAACAGUUGAACAGAUCAAAGCCCAGUUGCAUGGAGAAAGACAGGGCAUCCCAACAGAGAACUCAGAUAUUUUCCAGGAAACCAAAGUGCAGAGUCUUAACAUAGACAACGGCGGUGAAAAGCAUGACUUGUCGAAAGCCGAGACAGAAAGACUGGUGAAAGGCAUCAAAGAACGGGAACUAGAGAUCAAACUUCUGAAUGAGAAGAACAUAUCUUUAACUCAGCAGAUUGAUCAGCUAUCCAAAGACGAGGUGGGGAAACUCACUCAGAUAAUAGAGGAGAAAGACUUGGAAAUACAGAAUCUUCACGCGAGAAUUGCCUCUGCUUCCUUUCCUCAAGACGUGGUCUCGCUCCAGCAGCAGCUGCAGACCUUUGCGAUGGAAAGGGAGACCGUGUUGGCUGUUCUGAACGAGAAAACCAGGGAGAACAGCCACUUACGGACAGAGUAUCACCUCCUGAUGGAUAUCGUUUCUGCUAAGGAAGCAGCCCUCAAUAAGCUGCAGGAUGAAAAUAAAAAAUUAUCCACGAGGUUUGAAAGUAGUGAACAAGACAUGUUUCGAGAGACUAUUCAGAAUUUAUCUCGGAUCAUUCGUGAAAAAGAUAUCGAAAUCGAUGCCCUGAGCCAGAAGUGCCAGACCCUCUUGACGGUGCUUCAGGCAUCCGGCACUGGGAACGAGGCCGGAGGAGUGAAUAGUAACCAGUUCGAGGAGCUGCUCCAGGAGCGGGAUAAGUUAAAGCAGCAGGUCAAGAAGAUGGAGGAGUGGAAGCAGCAGGUGAUGACCACGGUGCAGAACAUGCAGCACGAGUCCGCCCAGCUGCAGGAGGAACUGCAGCAGCUUCAGGCCCAAGUUUUGGUGGACAGUGAUAAUAAUUCUAAGUUACAGGUAGACUACGGCGGCCUGAUCCAGAGUUAUGAACAGAAUGAAGCCAAACUCAAAACUUUCGGACAGGAACUAGCCCAAGUUCAGCACAGCCUCGGGCAGCUCUGCAACACCAAAGACCUUCUGCUGGGGAAGCUAGGGAGUAUUUCCCCUCAGCUCUCUGCUGGGGGCCCCGCUUCCCCGCCGGCAGAGCCCCCGCCUGCAGUGAGGCCUAACCUCUCAGGGGACGCUUCCAGAGGGCUCCAGCAAGAGAUAGAAGAGCUGAGGAGAUCACUGCAAGAAAAGGAUGCCACCAUAAAAACGCUCCAGGAAAAUAAUCACAGACUGUCAGAUUCCAUUGCUGCCAGUUCAGAGCUGGGGAGAAAAGAGCACGAGCAGACCGACUCAGAGCUGAGGCAGCUGAGGGAGAAGCAGGAGGUUUUACAGAAGUCGCUGAAGGAAAAGGACCUUUUGAUCAAAGCCAAAAGUGAUGAGCUACUUUCUUCGAAAGAAAACCUCACCAGCAAAGUGGACGAAAAUCAGCUUUUGAGGCAGGCGGUAACAAAUUUGAAGGAAAGAACAUUAAUACUGGAACUGGACAUUUCUAAACUAAAAGAGGAAAAUGAAAAAAUUGUGCAAGCAUCCCGAGAAAAGGAAACCGAGUAUCAAGCAUUACAAGAAACGAAUACGAAGUUUUCUAUGAUGCUUCGAGAAAAGGAAUUUGAAUGCCAUUCACUGAAGGAGAAGUCGGUCGCUUUAGAGCAACUACUGAAGGAGAAAGAGGAGGGCAAGUCUGGGGAGUUAAACCAGCUUUUAAAUGCAGUCAAAUCAAUGCAGGAGAAGAACAUUAUGUUUCAGAAAGAGAGAGAUCAAGUCAUGUUGGCUUUAAAACAGAAGCAGAUGGAAACCAGUACCAUACAGAAUGAGGUUCAACAUCUACGUGACAAAGAAACACGCUUAAACCAAGAGUUAGAGAGAUUACGUAACCAUCUUUUAGAAUCAGAAGAUUCUUACACCCGUGAAGCUCUGGCAGCUGAAGAUAGAGAGGCUAAGCUGAAAAAGAAAGUUUGCAUGUUGGAGGAAAAGCUGGUUUCAUCUUCUGAUGCAAUGGAAAAUGCAAGCCACCAGGCCAAUCUACAGGUCGAGUCCUUGCAGGAGCAGCUGAACGUGAUCACCAGGCAGAGGGACGACGCCACCGUGCAGCUGGCCGUGGCGCGGGAGCAGGUGAAGCAGUACGCGCUCUCCCUGAGCAACCUGCAGAUGGUCCUGGAGCACUUCCAGCAGGAGGAGAAAGCUAUGUACUCUGCCGAGCUUGAGAAGUACCAACAACUGGUAGCUGAAUGGAAGAAAAAGGCAGAAAACCUGGAAGAAAAAAUCAUACCACUACAGGAACGAUUGGACGAAGCCAAUGCUGCACUUGACUCUGCAUCAAGACUUACUGAGCAAUUAGAUAUCAAGGAAGAACAGAUAGAAGAACUGAAGAAGCAAAUGGCCCUGCAACAGGAAAUGCUGGAUGACACACAAACGAAACUGAUGAACUUGGUUCACUCGACAGAAGGAAAAGUGGACAAACUCCUCAUGCGAAAUCUUUUCAUCGGACAUUUUCAUACGCCAAAACACCAGCGCCGUGAAGUAUUCAGAUUGAUGGGAAGCAUCUUGGGUAUCAAAAAGGAGGAAAUGGAGGAGUUGCUCAGUGAAGAUCAGGGCGGAGUCACCAAGUGGAUGAGCGGGUGGCUUGGCGGAGGAUCUAAAAGUGUCCCCAACACGCCUCUGAGACCCAGUCAGCAGGCCGUCCUGAACAGCUCCUUUUCAGAACUUUUUGUUAAAUUUCUUGAGACAGAAUCGCAUCCCACCAUUCCACCACCAAAGCUUUCUGUUCGUGACCUGAAACUUCUGGAUUCCCCAGGACGGAGUAAGAUGGAUGCCAACUUUUCAGAAAGUUUUAAAGAGGCGGCAGGACCCAGGGCUGGCAGCAGGACAGAAGGCGGUUCCUUCCUGGUCCCCCGCUCCUCGGCCGUGCCUCUUCUCAACCCAGCUGGACUUGGCCCCGGCACGCCCGGGCACCUGCUCUUGAAGCCCAUCUCGGACGUGCUGCCCACGUUCACGCCGCUGCCCGUGUCGGCAGACAACAGUGCUGGAGUUGUACUCAAGGACCUCCUCAAACAGUGACCCCCCGCCGCCGAGCACGGCCCACGCAGCACUUUAUGAAACUCCGUCACAAAGCGGCCUUCUGAGACAGCCAAGGGUUUGACACUGUAGCUCUUCAGAUGGAAUAAAGGUGAUUCCCGUGUCUGUUGGGAUGGCAGGUCCGGGUGCUGGAGAGCUGGGUUACCUGCUUUGGCCCCUUCUCUCAUCUGACCAAAUUCUAGCUAGAAGCUUUUUAUGCUUUUUGUACAAAAACAGGCGAAAGACACACAUCCCUGCUGCUCCGUAUCUGCCCUUUCUGUCUUUCUUUGGUUCCCGAGUUCCUAGCCAGGCUUCCACGGACGCGUUUCACACAAAGGAGGACGCGGUGGUGGCGGCACCUGCAACACACAGGUGCAUUUGUGUAUGCUGGGGCGUUUAUUCUCAUCGUUGCUGGGGACAGGCCAGGGACAGGUCUGUCACUGGAUGUCACAGGCGUCCCAGGGAGGAGGCGCGUGCUUGGGUCUGUGCAGGACGAUGCCACAGGGAGGUCCGUGUGCCCGCACAGUCCAGGCCGCACCCAGGCCACUGCUUGCCAGCGCCAGGCUUCCCUUGGGCAGCCACUGGCCGCAGGCCCUUGAAAGGCGGCGUCUCUCAAGGGCAUUUGGGAAGUGGAAUCCGCUGUCCAGAACCUUAGAGACGGACUCUCCCCUUGGCCUUGUCCGGAUCAUUUGUUCCUUUUUCUCACGGGGUCUGAACUGUAGGUAGGAUUUCUUUUUUUUUUUUUUUUAAAGCAUUAACAUACCUUUUUCAGGGUACCUUGAAACUGUUUCCCAGCCACAGACACAGUUCCCAGCUGGAAAGGGUCAGGGCGGCUGCUGUGGUCAGACCAUCAGCAGUGUCCUGGGCGGGACCCGCUGCUCUAGUGGCGCCCUCCGCCGGGACCCCCACCCUCCCACCAUCCCCCCCGGAGGCGGGGACGUCCCCUCAGCGCCAGCCCCUAGUUUCUGGACUCCAGAAGUGAGGGAGCAUUUGGGUCAUUUUCGUCAGCUCGUCCUACGAAGUGCUGACUUGGAACCGAACUAUGUCAGGUUGUUGGUUUUGUGUUGGUCGCCGAAGCUGUACAUGUAAAGACGUUUCUGGCGAACGUUGUGAAUUUCAGUAUGCCUUUAAAAUAAAACACCUGGAUAGUUACCAAGGUAAAAGUGACACUAAAUCCAACUGUGUAAAUACCAGCACUAACUCGGGUUGUUUGUAAAUUUUGCUGUGAUUAAUGUAUAGUUUCUACUGUAUCAGAAAACAAGCUGUGUCUGUGUGAUGGGUAGAACAUGUUUUUCUGAACAGUUUGGUAACCGAGUCAUUGCUGCUGCAUCUCCUUAGCUAGUUUCUUUCUUUCUUUCUUUUUUACUAAUUUAUUCCUGUUCCCGUGCUUUAUUUCUUCCCUUAGAGGCAGUUGUCUCUGAGUUCUAUAUUAGAACAGUCAGCCGCCUCCUGUCCUUCUCACCUAUUAUUAUUUUUCUGUGAAAUGAUUACUCAUAAGUUUUUAUAUGAUCCCUUCAAAGAUACUUUUAUCGAUCCUCUAAAUUAUUUGCUGCCUGCCAUUGAAGUUUCAUUUCAGUGUGGAGCAUCUGAAAUAAAAGUUUCUAAGUUACAAACCUAA